UCUCGCUCCGCUCCGUGCGUUUCAUAGCAACUGUCCGCGGUGCGUUAGGGGCCCGCGUCCUCUCCCGCUGCCUUGGGAGCGUUGUGGCCGGGCGGCCUGUGCAGCGCUCGGAGCAGGGGCAGUGGGGGAGGAACGCCGCCGAAAGGAGCGGUUCUGCCCGGCAGUUCGGGGCCGGGAUGUACCGGGACGUGAGCGCGUCCUCCUGGCAGGGACCUCCCUACUGAAGUGCCCCCAAACUGCACGAUUGUCACCUUUAGCAACUCGAGGAAGAUGAUGCAGAACGUGCACCUUGCUCCUGAGGAAGACGAAGAUGAUCUUUACUCUGGCUACAAUGAUUAUAAUCCCACUUUUGACACAGAGGAUUUAGAAAAUGAUGUAGCUUUUCAACAGGCAGCAAGAACAAGUCAUGGUAGAAGACCCCCUGUAACAGCCAAAGUUCCUGGUACGGCAACUUCAAGACCUAUAGAUACUGCAUUUGGGUCAAAAGCAACUUUAACUUCAUCUAUGGGAAGACCGGUGACAGGAGUAGUGCAGGAUGGGGUUGCUCGACCAAUGACAGCAGUGCAAGCUGCAGGUUACACUAAAGCAGCUAUGAGAGGUUCUUUAUUUGAUCCUCUGGGUCAAGCAAGGGGUCCUGCUCCACCUCUGGAAAUGAAAAAUCCAGACAGCUCAGAAGAGAAGAUUAGACAGUUAGAAAAAAAAGUGGGUGAACUGAUUGAAGAAAGUUGCAUUGCCAACAGCUGUGGAGACUUGAAAUUGGCUCUGGAAAAAGCGAAAGAAGCUGGAAGAAAGGAAAGAGUAUUAGUGAGGCAACGUGAGCAAACUGGUACUUCAGAUAACAUCAACUUAGAUCUCACUUACUCAGUUCUUUUCAAUCUGGCCACUCAGUAUGCUGCUAAUGAAAUGUAUGCUGAAGCACUGAAUACUUACCAAGUUAUAGUGAAAAAUAAGAUGUUCAGCAAUGGAGGUAGACUGAAGGUCAAUAUGGGAAACAUAUAUUUAAAACAACGGAACUAUUCCAAAGCUGUCAAAUUGUACCGCAUGGCUCUAGACCAGAUUCCUAGUGUCCACAAAGAAAUGAGGAUUAAAAUAAUGCAAAAUAUUGGAGUUGCAUUUAUUAAAACUGGCCAAUACAUGGAUGCCAUUUCUUCAUUUGAACAUAUAAUGAGCAUGUCCCCAAACCUGAAGGCAGGCUUCAACUUGAUCGUAUGUUACUUUGCUGUUGGAGAUGGUGAACAAAUGAAAAAAGCAUUCCAAAAACUGAUUGCUGUUCCCUUGGAAGUGGAUUAUGAUGACAAAUACAUUUCACCAAAUGAUGAUCCACAUACAAAUCUGCUGAUUGAAGCCAUCAAAAAUGACAGUUUAAGACAUAUAGAACGUGAGAGGAAAUCCAUGGCAGAGGAUUAUAUCAUGACAGCUGCUAAACUGAUAGCACCAGUAAUUGAAACAUCUUUUGCUGCAGGCUAUGACUGGUGUGUUGAAGCAGUAAAGGCUUCCCACUACGUAGAGCUAGCCAAUGACCUGGAGAUAAAUAAAGCCACGACUUAUUUGAGACAACGGGAUUUUAACCAGGCUCUGGAGACUUUAAAAAUGUUUGAAAAGAAGGAUAGCAGAGUAAAGAGUGCAGCUGCAACAAACCUUUCAUUCCUUUAUUAUUUGGAGAAUGAAUUGACACAAGCAACAAACUAUGCAGAUUUAGCUGUCAGUUCUGAUCGGUACAACCCAGCAGCUCUAACUAACAAAGGAAAUACUGUUUUUGCAAAUGGAGACUAUGAAAAAGCAGCUGAGUUUUAUAAGGAAGCUCUCAGGAAUGAUUGCUCUUGCACUGAAGCACUUUAUAACCUUGGUUUAACAUACAAGAAAUUAAACAGAAUAGAUGAAGCUUUGGAUUGUUUUCUGAAGCUCCAUGCAAUACUUGGAAAUAGUGCCCAGGUUCUUCACCAAAUAGCAGACAUUUAUGAAGUCAUGGAAGAUCCCAAUCAAGCCAUAGAGUGGCUCAUGCAGUUGAUCAGUGUAGUACCAACUGACCCACAUGUACUUUCAAAGCUAGGGAAAUUAUAUGACAAUGAAGGUGACAAAUCCCAAGCCUUUCAUUAUUACUAUGAGUCGUACCGGUAUUUCCCUUCAAACAUUGAAGUCAUUGAAUGGCUCGGAGCAUAUUGCAUUGACACCCAGUUUUGUGAAAAAGCCAUUGAGUACUUUGAAAGAGCAGCACUUAUCCUACCUACACAAGUGAAGUGGCAGCUGAUGGUUGCCAGUUGCUAUCGGAGAAGCGGUAACUACCAGAAAGCUCUAGAGAAAUACAAAGUCAUUCACCAAAAAUUCCCGGAGAAUGUUGAAUGCCUCCGAUUUUUAGUUCGUCUCUGCACAGAUUUGGGACUGAAAGAAGUCCAAGAAUAUAUGACAAAACUCAAGAAAGUGGAAAAAUUAAAGGAGAUGAGAGAGCAGCGCAUUAAAUCUGGCAGAGAUGGCAGUGCACGUAACCGCAGGGAAGGAAGUGCUGGUGGAGUGUGGCAGAGAUGAAGUGCUAGAGGCUUCCUUAAAGAAAAGCUCAUUCUCUUGACUGUUAAGUCUCUCCUGUAGAUUCACAAUGCUGAGUUUCUUAAACAUAAAGCUGUAGAAAGGUAAAUCUGGAAGCUUGUCUGUGUAGUCUUUUCCCUACUGGGCAGCCUACAUAUUACAGAGCUAAUGAUUCUUCCCUCCCAUUAAUAAAUGUAUGAGACAUUAUACUGUUAAACCUGACCGUUCCCCUCUGCUGUUCGAAGGAAACUACCAGACUUAUGGCUACUUUGGCCAGCUGGAUUAAAGUCCAUCUUGACCCAAAUAGGAAGUUACGCCUUAGUAUUCUGCUUUCAUUUUUAUUUUAUAUCAUUCAGUGUCAUAAAAGAUCUCACCUAGAAAUUCUUAAUUGUAUUCUCUUCCUUUUUCAGUGAAACACUUCAUGCAUUUUUUCUUAACUGGUAACUAGCUGGUAAUUUUAUUUCUCCACUGACAUAGCAUGAGUUUUACUACAUUGAUCCAGUUCUAUACGGUCAUGAACAUUACUAGCAUCGUAUUGGAAGGAAUAUUUUAGAAUGCUUUGGCAUUUAGGAAGACUGCUCUACUGAGUUCUCUAAGGGUUAACAAUUAGUACUGGAUUCUUGUGAGUUCUCAUUCCUUUUUUUUUAGCUCAGCAGUUUCACCAGAGAAGCUUUUAAAUCACUUCUUGUUAUGUAGGAAAAAUAUAAUUCACCUUGAAUUUAAUUCUACCUGUUCUGGGCCUUAGGCCAAAUAAUUCUUGGGGUGAAGUUCCUGGUAACAGGAAGGGAUGGAAAUGUCUGGGCUCUUUUUUGUAGCAUAAGCACUCUAAUGAGACAGUCAGCUAGAGGUGCGAGUAAGACAGCAGCAUGAGAGAGCUUUGGGACACAUUUUUAUCACAGAGCAGAGGUUCACUUCAGCUUACAAUGAACAGAAUGAAGAGUAG